UUUCUCAGAGAAAAACAACAGAAGAAAAUCGCUGUUGUUGGUCAAUGUAAUUUGCAAACAUUUUUCGAAAACUGAAAAACUCACUCCGCCAGCGCAAGAAGAAGCAUCGCCCACCGCCUCCGGCUACGCCUACUUCCGACGACGCUCCAUUUCCAAACUAUGCGAUAAAGCCAGGAAUCGCCAACAACAAUCUCUGCGCCAAGACAAGGCCCACUUCCGACUCUGUCCCUCGGAGCACCCUCUUGGGACGGGCCACCGAAGCCAUGGAGAGCAACUUGAACAGGAUCAUAAGCCAAUCGCCCAAGCUGAAGCUCAGCGGGCAGCUUAGCAAAUACACAAAUGUGAUGAAAGGCUGGCAAUAUCGUUGGUUUUCUGUGGACGCCAAGACGGGAUCGUUGAGCUACUACCUCUGUGACUCAUCCACUGUUGGCGACGACAUUGCGCCCUCGCCCCAUGUCCUGGCCAGUGCCCCGCGAGGUCAGGUGCAGUUGGCCGGCGCCGUUGUCUAUCCCAGUGACGAGGACUCGAGGACCUUUGCCAUCGCCUGCGCCUCGGGCGACACUGUGAAGUUGAGGGCCAACGAUGCGCGGGCCAGACAGGAGUGGGUGGAUGGACUCCGAGCGGUGGUGGAGAGCCACAUGAAGGCCAUGGACAUAAGCAACACAUCACCUCUGCCGCCGCGCGAGCUGCUGGCCGCCUCGGACGCGAUGGUGUCCGCUCGACAGGCCCUGUUUCUUACAGAGCAAUGCAACGCAUCUCUGGCCAGGGCUAUCGAGAGUAUCGACUGUGCUUCCUUCUCGCCCACUGAUCCCGAUCUGCUCCUGCUCAAAGCCAUUUCUACAGCCAGCACCCAGUGCCUGCAUCAGUGCCUGGGCCUCCUCCAGCGCCAUCAGGAGAUCAAUCAGCCCCCGGCCGAGGCCACACCCAUCCUGCUCUGAGAGUCAGGAGAAAGCCCCCAGAGAGAGAACCCCAAAGAUUAUGUCCAGUAUCCUACAUGAAAUGCAACAUUAAAUGAUACUGCAUUCCAAGCAUGGUUGUUAAACAAUGAAACUACAAUCCGAGUUGGGUUACUUUUCAAUGUUUUUAUAAAAUACUUUUGUUCGUUUUGGGUUUUUCCAUGUUUUGCGUUUUUCACGUUUUUUUUUGUUUUUGUUUUCUAGGAUUAAUUAGAACAUUCAUUUCGACAUUUAAAGUUAAUUUGAACAUAAAGUUUUGCACUAAAGUUGAUAGAAAAUGUUGAGUUUUUUGGACUUGGACUUGGACGCGUCCAGGCCGUACAAAGAUACACAUAUCCAGGAGAUUUUUGUUUAUAUUUCUAACUCUUGCCAUUCUUUACAUUAUACAUUCUAUUCCGAAAUUAA